AACAGCACAAAUUCAUGAAAGAAAACUUUUUCUCCCUUUGAACUUAGCUUCAUAAAGUCCAUGUGACCCCUCUUGAGGAUCACCUGUUCACAAUGGCUUUUGAGGAGCUCCUGAAUGAAGUCGGUGGCUUGGGGAGAUUCCAGAUGCUUCAGAUGCUUUUAGCCUUCCCCCCCCUCAUGAUGGUAGUCUGUCAUAUUCUGUUGGAGAAUUUUACAGCGGCCAUUCCUGGUCACCACUGCUGGGUUCGCAUGCUCGACAAUGACACUGACUCUGGUAAUGACACGGGGACCCUCGGCCCCGAGGUUCUCCUGAGAAUCUCCAUCCCCCUGGACUCAAACUUGAAGCCAGAGAAGUGUCGGCGCUACCUCCACCCCCAGUGGCAGCUCCUUCACCUGAAUGGAACCUUCCCCAAUGUGACUGAUCUGGACACGGAGCCCUGUGUGGACGGCUGGGUGUAUGACCAAAGCUCCUUCUCCCACACCAUCGUGACGGAGUGGGACCUCGUAUGUGAUUAUCAGUCUCAGAAACCCCUGGUUCAAUUUGCAUUCAUGGCUGGAAUGCUGCUGGGAGGCUUCCUAUAUGGCUAUCUCUCCGACAGGUUUGGGCGGAAGGUGAUUCUCAGGUGGUGUUUGCUCCAGCUCGCCAUCUCUGGGACCUGUGCAGCCUUUGCCCCCAACUUCCUCGUUUACUGCUCUCUACGCUUCUGGUCGGGUUGUUCUGCUGUGGCCAUUCUAUCAAAUAACGGUAUGAUCGUUGUAGAGUGGACAAGGGCCCGGUCAAAGGCCAUGGUAAUAUCAGUGAUUACUUGUGCCACUGGUAUUGGACAGAUAAUCCUGGGAGGACUGGCUUUUGUCUUUCGAGAGUGGCGCACCCUGCAGCUGGUGGUGUCUGUACCUUUCUUUGUCUUCUUUCUUUCCUCAUGGUGGCUGGUAGAAUCUGCUCGGUGGCUGAUUAUCACCAAUAAACCAGCUGAGGGGUUAAAGGAACUUAAAAAAGUUGCACACAGAAAUGGACUAAAGAAUGCUGAAGCCACCCUGAACAUGGAGGGUUUGAGAGAGACCAUGAAGGAGGAGCUGGAGGCAGCACAGACCAAUACUACUCUGCUGGACUUGUUCCGCACACCCAACCUGCGUAAAAGGAUGUGUCUGCUGGCCUUUGUGAGAUUUGCAAACACAAUGCCCUUUUACGGCAUCUUUAUCAAUCUACAGCAUUUUGGAAACAAUAUUUUCCUGUUCCAGGUAAUCUUUGGAGUUCUCAGUACUUUAGCCCGAAGUCUUUUAUUUUUAGUUAUGAAUCAUAUGGACCGUCGACCAACCCAGAUGCUUUUCAUGUUCCUGGUGGGAAUUUCCAUUUUGGCCAACACGUUUGUGCCCCAAGAUAUGCAGAUCCUACGUGUGACUUUGGGAAGUCUGGGAAUUGGCUUUAUUGCUGCUUCUAUCACCAGUUAUUCUGUCCACUCUUUUGAACUCAUCCCCACUCUUCUCAGGGCAAAAGCUUCAGGAUUAGAGCUUAUGGUUAGUAGAUUUGGGGCAGCACUGGCUCCUCUCUUGAUGACCCUAGCGGUAUAUCAACCCGUUUUGCCCUGGAUCAUCUAUGGAGUGAGUCCCAUCAUUGCUGGUCUUGUUGUCUUUUUCCAACCCGAAACCAAAAAUCUUCCUCUGCCUGACACCAUCCAGGAUGUGGAAAAUAAGUGAGUAAACCUUCUAGCCAUCCUCUGUUAGGGACUGUGUGGUAUGGAUCUGUGGGGAGAAAGGCAAAACACCAAGUGGGUCCCUCAGAUCUCCAGGCAGCUGAGUCUUGCCUGGGAUACCUCCAUCCUGGGCUCUAUUGUGACACUACAUCCUACCUGCCCUCAUGAGAGACGCACACUCCUGAUGGUAUUUCAUGGUCUUCUGAUCCAUAAGAGCCUGGGAU